AUGAAUGCGGCUAGGGACAUGCUCGAACAAACGAGUUUUCUAUGUGGUAGACCCAUCAGCUGCAAGAAGAUAUGCCUUACAGAGCACAGUGAUCCAAGCUUAGGUUUACGUAGUAGCUCAUGUCGUUAUGAGGUCCAAGAGCCUGAAGCAGGAACCUCUUAUUUAGUUUCUGAUCCGAAUAACACUCUGGUCGUUAGUUCAAGCAGUCGUAUUGAUAGCCAAGAUUAUGAAUCUAGCACAUCGAAUUCUGCAAACUUAGCAGAUUUUGGAUUUGAAUCUGGUUCUUGCUUUUCAGGAUCAGUUAAACGAUCCUAG